CGUUCCUCCGGUGGAGGAAUCGAGUCGAAAGAGCAGCUUCUCACAGUCUCACUCUCACGGGUAAUUCUUCCCUCCGCCUGAACUUGCCGGUCGUGAAGGAAAGAUUCAGCUGUGGUAAGCUUCUUCCAUGCACAAUUCGGUUCAUGGGUCUCUCCGAAAAUCCCAAUUUACCUCUUCCCUUGUACAUAGAAUUCCCAAAGUUGCGUUUCUUCAAGUUGUUUUGUGAUGCAAUCACGUUGAAGACAAUGCUUGUUCUUUGCUGCAAUCUUGCCCGAGCCUUGUGAUGUAAUGUGAUGUAGUUUAGCCACUUGUCUUCAUGGUAAAGCUGCGGCUUUCUAUGUUGCAGCUCACUUUUUGCUUCAAUCUUGUAUGAUCUUUUCUGCUUGCCUCUGUUGCUUGUUUGUAAUUAUUUGCCAUUCGGGGAAUACUCCCAGUAUUCGUGUUUCUGUUCCUAAUGUUUUCCCUUUUAUGAUAUCGCAAAACAUUGUGUAUGUAUGUUCAUAAUUUUCAGGUUGUUCUUGAAAGUGUGCAUGACGGUUGAAGAACAUGGCAUCGAUUUAAAAUUUCGUGCUUAAACAAAAUCUUAGUAACCCCCUGUUUUUUGUUUAUCUGAUUUGUUCUGAUUAGAGUCUAGAUAAAAGAAAGCAACAAAAUGCUAUUGUCUGAUCCCACUGGCUGAAACUUUUGUUUUGAUGGAGCUUGGAGUAGAUUUUCCCUUAUCUAAUUUGAUUUCGAGAUGUAUUGUAUGUUAUAAAUUUGUUGAUGUGAUGUACUAAAUCAAGCUGCAUAGACUGAAUGGUUCAUUUCAUGCCUUCUUUCAUCUUCUACUGUUUGAAAUGAUGCGAUCCUUCAGCGACAUGAACAUGAAUUUGAUCCUAACUAUUAGUGAUUCUGCAAGUAGUUGAAGAGCUACAGGCGAAGGUAUGCAGUCUUCCUCGUUGGGCUUAAGCCCGAAGGCAACAUGGGCACCUGAGUUCCAUGAAAUAUUUGUAAACCUAUGCAUCGAAGAGGCAUUGAAGGGGAACAUGCCCACCACAUAUCUAACACGGGAUGGGUGGAUGAAUGUGAUUGAAUCAUUUCGCCAACAAACCGGAGUUCGGUAGGACAGGAAGCAACUAAAGAAUCAUUGGGAUGGGACGAAGGAACAGUACAAAAUUUGGUGCAGUCUAAUCAACACUCCUCACAUGAAGUGGGACCACAUUUCCUGUAAGUUUGGUGCUACAAAGGAAGAAUGGGUCAGUUAUAUCAAGGUAAGGAGCAACUCUACAACAGCUAGGGCUUUCUUUGGUACUGCUGUCUGCAUCUAUUAUUCAUCUCCUCCGACAGAAAAGGCCCGCUGGACCCCAGAGAGCCACGAACUAUUUAUUGAUUUAUGUGUAGAACAGACGUUCAGAGGGAACAAACCAGGCACACAUUCUACUUGGGAAGGUUGGAGGAAUAUAGUUGAAAUGUUUAAUAGGAAAACUGGGCUCGGGUUUGAUAGGAUGCAGUUGAAGAAUCGCUGGGAUGGUUCUAAGCAGCAAUGGAGGAUCUGGUGCAAAGUGACUGGCAGCAGUCGAAUGAAGUGGGACCCAAGUACCAGAAAGUUUGGGGCCAGUCAAGAUGAUUGGUCUGAGUUCUUAAAGGAUUACCCUGGAGCUGCACAGUUUCAGAACAAGGUGAUUCCUCUGAUCGACCAAUUAGAGAUCAUCUUCGGUGGGACUGAUGAUUCUGAAUGCAGUGAACCUCCCACACAGCGGAGGAGGCUCAAUGAUUGUUCAGUAACCACAGUCGAACUCACAGCAGAACCGGAGAUGGCAAAGGAAACGGAUGGAAGAAAUGACGCUGUGGAAUCGGGUAGUGCCGUGACUGCUCAAAGGAGUGCUGUGAUAGGUCUCCCGAUGAUAAAGGAAAUCAGUUACAGUAUUGGUGAAUGCAUAGACUGUCUUGAUGAGAUGGAAGACGUGGAGCAAGGAAGCGAAUUGUAUUUGUUUGCAUUGGACAUGUUUCUGAAGAGAGAAUACCAGGAGAUCUUUCUCCAGUUAAAGAAGCCCAGUGCGAGGAUCACAUGGUUGCAGCGUCUACAGAUGGUAGGGCAAUCUAUUGAUUAGUUACCGCGUCAUCAUGUAUAGUAAAUUGUGGUUCAAUGGCAAAACCUCUAUGAUGAUGUGUAGGUGUAUAUUGUUUUAUUUGAAUAAUCUUGAAAUCGUCUCUGUUA